GAGCCAAGUUGAGAUUUUCUCUCCUCUUUUGGCUCUCUCUCCGCAUCGGCAGGAGCUUUUGAGGAUUAACAAGGAUGGUGAGAGUUAACAUCUUAAAUGAUGCUCUCAAAAGCAUGUACAAUGCUGAGAAGCGAGGAAAGAGACAAGUCAUGAUCAAGUCGUCCUCAAAAGUGAUAAUUAAGUUCUUUCUUGUCAUGCAGAAGCAUGGUUAUAUUGGUGAGUUCGAGUAUGUUGAUGACCAUAGGUCUGGUAAAAUAGUGGUUGAGUUGAACGGGAGAUUGAACAAAUGUGGAGUCAUCAGUUCCCAUUUUGAUGUUGGUAUCAAACAGAUAGAGCCUUGGACUGCAAGGUUUCUCCGCUCCAGACAGUUCGGCUAUAUCGUGUUGACGACAUCUGUAGGCAUCAUGGACCAUGAGGAGGUGAGGAGAAAGAAUGUCGGUGGUAAAGUCUUAGGCUUCUUUUACUAAAUAUUCUAUCUAAGAUAGGAAUCAUAUAUUUUUGGUUGUCGGUGAGGUUUUUU